AUGGCGUCUUCCAACCAUGUCACCCCCACCAACUGCAGCUGGUGGCCCAUUUCGGCCAUGGGCGAGGACGGCAAGCUUGCGGACGGAGAGGAGAGUCACGAGCCGCCAGUAGAGCACAAGCCCUUCUCUAAAGACCGCCUCGUUCUGUACCACUGGACGCAGUCUUUCAGCUCGCAAAAGAGAAUUAGUGUGCGUCUGGUAAUUAAUGAGAAGGGUCUGCUGUGUGAAGAGCGGGAUGUGAGUCUACCUCUGACUGAGCACAAAGAGCCCUGGUUCAUGAGGCUUAACCUUGGAGAGGAGGUACCUGUCUUCAUCCAUGGAGACACUAUUGUCAGUGACUACAGCCAAAUCAUUGAAUACUUAGAGACCAACUUCGUGGGUGAUACAAUAGCCCAGCUUAUUCCAGAUGAAGGCACUCCUAUGCAUGCUCGGGUGAAGCAGUAUCGAGAGCUUCUGGAUGGCCUGCCCAUGGACGCCUACACGCAUGGCUGCAUCCUCCACCCUGAACUCACUACUGACUCCAUGAUCCCAAAGUACGCCACUGCUGAAAUACGUAGACACUUGGCCAAUGCAGCAUCUGAACUGAUGAAACUGGACCAUGAGGAGCCACAGCUGACAGAACCAUACCUUUCAAAGCAGAAAAAGCUCAUGGCAAAGAUACUGGACCAUGAUAAUGUGAACUACCUGAAGAAGAUCCUUGUUGAGUUGGCAAUGGUACUAGACCAGGUAGAAGCAGAACUUGAAAAGAGGAAACUGGAAUAUCAAGGUCAAAAGUACGAGUUGUGGCUUUGUGGACCUGACUUUACGCUAGCUGAUAUAUGUCUUGGAGCCACGUUGCACAGGCUCAAGUUCUUGGGACUUUCAAAGAAGUACUGGGAGGAUGGAAGCAGACCCAACCUCCAGUCAUUUUUUGAGCGUGUGCAGAAGCGCUACGCUUUCCGUAAGGUGUUGGGAGACAUCCACACCACCUUAUUGUCAGCAGUCCUACCCAACGCAUUCCGAAUGGUAAAAAAGAAGCCGCCGUCCUUCUUCGGUGCUUCCUUCUUAAUGGGUUCUUUAGGUGGGAUGGGCUAUUUUGCCUAUUGGUUUUUAAAAAAGAAAUACAUGUAG